AUGGUUGUCCCUAAGGCUAAAGUAUCGGAUGUUCUACAGCUGUACCAUAAUGGUUGUUCAGGAGGCCACCUGGGAGUUAAACGAAAUCUACUGAAGAUCCGAGAACAUGUUUACUGGGUCCACUGUCGUGACGAUGUCGAGGACUGGUGCCGCAAAUGUACAAGUUGUGCGACUAUAAAGGGACCUCAAACUCGUAGUAGAGGCGCAUUGGAAUUGUACAAUGUUGGUGCACCAUGUGAGAGGAUAGCCAUUGACAUAGCGGGGCCGUUUCCGGAAAGUGAAAGUGGUAACAAGUAUUUCAUGGUUGUGAUGGAUUACUUCACUAAGUGGCCAGAAGUCUUCGCCAUUCCAAAUCAAGAAGCUUCAACAGUUGCAGAUAAACUAGUUCAUGAAGUCUUCUGUUGUUUUGGAGUACCUUUAGAGAUUCACAUCGAUCAAGGAAGGAAUUUUGAGUCUCAAUUAUUCCAGGAAACUUGCCGAGUUAUGGGUACUCAUAAAACACGAACAACUUCUUACCACCCACAAUCUGAUGGAAUGGUAGAACGAUUUAAUCAGACAUUGGAAAGGUACCUGGCAAAAGUUGUGGAAAAACGGCAACGAGACUGGAACAGGCACAUACAACCGUUUUGUUGUCAUAUCGAAGCGCUGUUCACGAAAGUACAUCAGUGA